AUGAAAAAUAAGGCUGUUUUUUUUUGUUUUGUAAAUGUGAAAGUAAAUGCUCAACCGCUCCUUCGGGAAGCACCUGGGCACGAAAUCGCACCUGUAGAAACUACAUCUAUUUGUCGAAGUCUAUUGCGGAAUUUCACCAUUCCAAAAUAGGAGUAAGCAAACUGUUUGUCAUGUUCCUCUGCCAGAACAUUAAAUCGGCCACAUAUCUGCACAAGGCGAUUAGAUAGUGAAAAAGUAAGGCUUUUGAAACUUCAUACACUAUAC